AUGCAAGACAUCCAUCCCGGACAUGCAACAUUCUUGCUGUUCUGUUUUUGCUUUAUGUCUGGCUUCAUUAAUUCUGUCCCAUUCACGGCCGUUCUGCUUUGGUGUGGGUUUCAAACCGGGAACACCGUUCAACUAGCUAUUGCCAUCGGUCGCUUCCUCGAUCCACAGAGGAAACACUUCACGUUCGAAGUAGCCGACCGACAGGCACUUAUCUCAUUGCUCUCUUACCUCGGCGGUGGUUUCGCAGGCAGAUACGGCGAUCGCAUCGGUUCGAACAAACGUGCAUGGCUCUUAAUGGGCACACUCUGGCAAGCACUCCUUACCAUGGCUGCAGCACUCACUAUCUGGAAAAGCGGAGAACCCAGUAUAUCUGAUUCACGCGGGGAGGAUGCAUGGAAGAAUGCGUUGAGUUUCGUCUCCCUUGCAUUCGCAAGCGCUAGCCAGGGUCUACAAGGUGUAAUGGCCAAGCGUGUCAACUCCCACUUUGGCGCCACUGUCGUCCUUACGACUUUGUGGUCCGAGCUGAUCGGUGACCCGGACCUCUUCCGUCGAAAAUAUACGAAAUCGCGCGAUCAUCGACUCCUUUCUGUGCUCGGUUUCAUACUUGGCGGUAUUUUCGGGCGCGGACUCCUUAACCGAGUAGGAAGCGCAGCUGUCUUUGGAGUCGCCACUGCUCUUCGUGUGGUCAUCGCUUUUGCUUGGCUCUUCGUUCCUGCGAGAUAG